AUGCAUGUCGAAUUGUAUGCUCCCCCCUUCCUCAGCUGUCGAGACAAGACUGAUAAUCAUCAGGUCGAAGCAUGGAAACUCCGCGGCCAUCUCCCGCACGCUGUCGAAGCCACAGCUCUACUGACAGAUGCUAUCCUGCAUGAUAACUCAACCUACAACUCCGUCUUCUCAAUCAGAGCUACCUAUGCCGCCGCCUUUUCGCGGUUUGUCACUGGCCUAGUAGACACGAAGUUGGGCAGUGGUGGCGGCGGAGGCACGAUGUUCAACCGUGCCGCGAUGAUUGGGUUGCCGCUCUCGUUUGUGGAGUUGAGACACGAAGCGGCGCAUCGAGAGUUGCCAUCGUUGGUCUUGUUGAGGAAUUAUACGAAUCGCGCUUUGGAGUGGUUGUGGGAUUACUACUGGGCGAGGAUUGAUCAGGGUGUGUCUGUUUCAGCGGCAGAAGAUGAUGGGUUGAGGGCGAGGGUCAAAUCGUUACUGCUGCAGUUUUCGCAACAGGUACAGUCGGACAACUCAAGGAAAAGGGUCAAGUCUUUGGCUACGUCCGUCUCGCAGUCGUUGGUUUCGAUUUGCAAGGGCGAUGCCGAGGGAGCGAAGGUUAUAUGUAGGGUUUUGGUUGAGGAUGGAUUCCUUGUACCUGAAAGCAGGCAGUGA